GGCCCACGCCAGCUGAACAUCGCCAUGUUCGAGGCUGUCUUUGACACGGCUGCCAUGAGCGCGCAUCAGAAAAAUCCUGGAAGGAAAGGUGAGUACACGAAGAAGCCAUUCAUCAGUCUAACAGCAUAUUAUGCACUGCUGCACUUGACACUGAGAAAGCAUUUACACACUCAUCUCCUUACAUAGAAUUGCCUUUAUCUGUUGUUUUUUUCCUAUUAUCAUAUUGAAUAUAACCCUUUGACUGGCAAGAUGUCAUUCAACACAAGUAAAUGUGAAGGUUGUCUCUCAGACAGUGUUUUAAAAUAAAAAUACAAAAAACAUGAUUUAUACUUAAAAGAAGAGUUCGUGUGGGAACAAAAAAAUUGAAGCUCAGCAUUUAAUAAAAGUAUUAUUUUUAUCAUUUUUAAAAAACUAUUUAAAGUUCUUCAGAAAUGUACACGUUUAUUAAAGAAAUAUAUUCGUGGAUAUAAAUUGAUUUGGAAUUUAGUGUUUUACAAAAAUAUAACGUUUAAAAUUUACCCCAAAUCAGGGGCGUAGGUGAAUUUUCUUACCGGUGGGGGACCAGCCUUUGCCAUCCACUGGGCACUCAUCGGCUUUGCGUCAUUCAUAAAAGUAUCUUGACGCAAGCAAGUUUUUUAUUUGUGUUUUUUUUUUUUUUGGAUGGGGUGGGGAGAAUCCAGAGGCCGGAAUCCCCCCGUCUGCUACACCCCUGUAUUCAAUCACCAAAGCGUAUAAACUCUUUGACUUCAAUCCCACGACAGAUCCCAACUGUUUCACCAAUGCAAGUACCAACAUUACGCUCUGUGCCGGCAACAAAGUCAUUUAUCACCUAGAAGGUAAAUAGAGCUUUGAAACUAUGGUUUUUAUAAACAAAUCCCUACAUCAUUAUAUUACAUUUUAUAUUUGUGCCUACUUUAAAAAAAAAAAACGCUUCGCUCGGGAAAUAUUAAACAACAAGCAGAGGCGCCGCCUAUCGGUUACAUCUACUCUCAUUUCAUUUGAUCGUAGUGUUUUACGAUUUUUGUGUAGUGUGGCUAUUCGGGGGGAAAAGGUUGGCCCACCUUGGGCUCGGAAUGAUUUUUUCAAUAAUGAUACGUUUAAACAACGUUCAGAAUUACAGUGAAUUAACACUCAACACAACGAUGUCACGUAAUUAGCAAAGCUGUGUUACGCACCGUGCAUUUCGCGCAGGAGAAUAUUGAUUCCUGUUAAUAUUUUGCCUUCCGUAUUGUUCUUUUUGUUGCGAAGGCCUCGUUUCGCGUAUCUUCUGUCUUUUUUUAAAACUCCUUCAUACACUCUUGUUCGCCAGCUGGAACAUUGUUCGGCAAUGAGCUCCCAUUCGUUGUUUUCAAUAUUGCCUUCCCUCAUGCUUUUUUUUUUUUUUGCAAACGCCCAUAAAUCUCAGGCGUGGCCGUCCAAUGAGUCUUGCCCCUUCUGUCAACUCUCCAUUCAGCAGCAUCUUUGGGAUACGGCCUUUCCUCCAUUCUCCUUACAUGGCCUAACCAGCGAAGGCGUCUCUUGCUAAGAAAGGAGAAUAUGCUAAACAUGUGUGCACGUUCCAAGACCUCCAUGUUAGGCACCUUGUCCUGCCAACGAAUGCAUAAAAUGCGACAAAGACAUCUUUGAAGGAAGCUUUUGAGUUUCAGCUCCUGGCUGGUAUACGUGGUUUAUUUUUGUGCAAAAUCUUUAUUUUGUAAAAUGUGCAUAGCUCAUAUCAACAAAAAAAAUAAUGAUAGUGGAUCACCGGCUCUAGAUAUUUCCCCGUGCCAGCGAAAUUCGAUUCUUCAAAGCUAAAUACACACAGGAACACAUCUAUCCAAAAAUAAAAAUAAUUCGCAAAUCCUUCAUAAUUACUGACCUCUCACCAAUUACAUACACAUUGCAUCCAAUUACUGCUUUAAGGAUAAGCCAAUAUCAUCAAAUGUUCAAUAAACUAGCAAAGUAAAAUCCCCAAUAACUGCACUUUUUUGGAUUCCUGAAAAUACCGCAGGUGCGUUUGGUGCGUAACUUUGUGUUGUUGUUUUUUCCCCGCAACAGCACCAAUUUAUAACGGAUGUAAACGAUCUUCUUAUGAGUUUAAUAUGGAGUAUGUAGAUAGUGUUGCUAUGUAUUAUAAAGCAAUUUUUAAAUACGAAAUUUAAAGAAUUUUUAUUAUUCCCCCUGACGGGGAACGUUAUGAAAUUUUAAUUUUUAAUUUUUUUUUUUAAAGAGAUAGAUAUUCUUUGUGGCUACACUUUAAAUUGUAAUGUGAAAAAAAUAUUCUUAAUUUAUGGUUAACACUGUUCAGUGUAGUCUUUUCUGAUUUAGUCAAUGCUAAAUUGUUUGUGGGUUUUUUUUAAUAGUAAACCUGCUUUUUUUUUAGGAAUUAUUUCAAGGUUAUAGUCUUUUUUUUUUAAAAAAAGGAAAUGACUUUUCUUUUUGUGCAUAGCUGGUUGCAAGUUCUAAAUAGUGAGAGCGUUGUUCAUCUCUUCUAAUAAACAGCUUAGAUGUGUCGCUUAGUUCGAGCCUUUAAAACAUAUUUCUAUUUUUUCAAACCCCUUCAGGAACGCGUCUAGGCGUCUACUCAGACAAGGGGCGUGACAACAGCAACAUCGCCACGAUGAAAGACCGUGUCACGUUCGUCAUCAAGACGGCUGGUAUCUAUUUGGUCAAUUUGAACGUGAGUGAAGGUCAUUUCAAAUAAAUAGGUCACGUGCUGUCUUUUUUUUUAAUCUUAAAAAUGAUUUUCUUUGAAGCUGUGCACAUAAAUAUCUGGAACUCUAAAUUCUAAAAGCACAUGUUCAAACUCCGGCCCGCGGGCUAGAUCAGGACAACAUCAUGUACUCUAAAUCACUAAAAAUUUAAGACCUCGCAUAAAAAUUCGACGACUAAAAAUUAAUUAAUGAACAGUAAUGUUGGAUUUCGUUGACCCAGCUGUUUUACUGUGCUGUCUACAAGACCUUUUACCCAGCUGUUUACAAGACUGUUCACCCAGCUGUUUUUUCACCCUGCUUUUCCCCGACUGUUUAUCCAGCUGUUUAUACCACUGUUUACCCUACUGUUUACCCUGCUGUUUACCCGACUGUUUAUCCAGCUAUUUAUCUGACUGUCUACCCGACUGUUUACCCUGCUUUUUACCCGACUGUUUGCCCUGCUGUUUACCCUGCUGUUUACCCUGCUUUUUACCCGACUGUUUACCCAGCUGCUUACCCGACUGUUUAUCCAGCUGUUUACCCGGCUGUUUACCCAGCUGUCUACCCGACUGUUUACCCAGCUGUUUACCCCGACUGGUUAUCCGGCUGUUUACCCCUACUGGUUAUCCGGCUGUUUACCCCGACUGGUUAUCCGGCUGUUUAUCCAGCUAUUCAUUCGACUGUUUACACCACUGUUUACCCGCAGAUCUCCAUCAUUGACGUCACAUUAAAAAAUUACCUGGGACUCUUCGUAAACGACAGACUAGCAAUGGCGUGUCCAGAAGGCGGGAUCAAGUGCUCCACUAAUUAUGAUGCCAGCUUUGACUUUCGAAUAUGUAAUAUAAAUGGUAGGUAGAAACGCCCCCCUCCCUCAAAAAUGGCGUCCAUUAUUUUCUCUCUUAUGCCUUUUACAUCUGGGGGGAGGGGUAUGGGAUAGGCCGUCAAAAAGAAUUUUCCAUUCAUCUCGAUUGUGUGCUUUUCUUUCCAGUUGCUUCCAUGUGUAUCCCUCUAUCCCUCGCUUUGUGUGUCUGCCUUUAGCGUGUGUCUCCAGGUAUCCCAUACUAUGUGUGUCUGCAUUAAGUUUGUGUCUCCAUGUAUCACAUACUUUGUGAGUCUGCCCUCUCGAUUAUGUCUCCAUUUUUCCAUUGCUUUGUGUGUCUACCUCUAGCUUAUGUCUCCAUGCGUCCCAUACUUUGUGUGUCUGCCUCUAUCUUGCGUCUCCAUUUAUCCCAUGAUUUGUGUGUCUACCUCUAACGUGUGUCUCCAUCUACCCCAUACUUUGUUUGCCUACCUCUAGCUUAGGUCUCCAUGUGUCCCACGUUCUGUGUGCCUGCCUCUAGCUUGUGUCUCCAUGUUCCCCAUGCUUUGUGUGUCUGCCUCUAGCUUGUGUCUCCAUGUUCCCCCAUGCUUUGUGUGUCUGCAUCUGAAUCGCGUAUCUCUGUCAUCUUUGGCCUUUCUCUUAAACCGGUGGUAAUCGUUGUUUUUUUCUUGAUAAUUGUCAUCAAAUAGAUAUGAAUAGACUGUGGGAGAGUUGUGUGUGCCUUUUAACGGAUGUGCUAGGCUACUUAUCACAAUUUUUGUAACAUAUCAAUGUAUGCCAACUUCAAUCAAUUCUAUAAUAUUUUUGUUAAAAAUAAAUAAAUGUCUUCAAUUUCUGUUGAUUUCUCAGGUGUUCUCAAAUUGAAUGUUAAUGACAGCCUUGACGUCAGAACCAUGCAAAGUAACACAACCAUCAGGAUAGCGGCUCUCAGCAAUUCUUUUUUUACCAUUGUUCUCCUGCAAAAACAAUUAUAAGAUUACAACCAUUGUUCAGAAUGAAUUCUGGAAAUACUGUUGAAGAGUGCCGUCAUCAUUGAUUGAGAACCUUUUGUGGUGUGGCUUACAAUGUGAUGAGUUAUUCGAUAAUGUUUGUUGAAACGACUGAAAUUGUAGCAUCGUCCAUUGGUGAAAAUGAUAUUACAUUCUUUUAUUUACCAACAUUCCAUAAUGCGGCCGUCAUUCCUGCACUACACUGUAACAAAGAAUUGUUUUUUCUUUCAUGAGUAACUCUUGAACAGGCAAUAUCUCAAAAUCGGUCUUCAGGGCCAUUGAUAAAAAUCUCAGAGACUUAUUAUAGAGACAUACGAAACAUAAAAAGGACAUUGAAAUAAUCUUAAAGCCCGUCAGAAAAAUCGAACGUUCUAGAAUUAGGUAGAAACUUCUAGAUAAUUAAAGAAGAUAUAUAUUUAUAUGUUACUCAUUUUUUACAAACAUUGCCUAAAUGGGGCUGGUGGAAAAUGUGCGUUACAAAAAGUUGCCAUCAAUUCUAUUGUGUUGUGUUAUUUUUUUUUUAGCAUGCACAUAGCAUAAAGCUUUAUUUAAAAUACGUGAAACAAGUGAAAGCGCACCAGAGACAUUUAUUUGAACAAUGAUUGAAAGCGCACCAAAGACAUCUAUUUGAACAAUGGUUGAAAGCGCACCAGAUACAUUUAUUUGAACAAUGUUUGAAAGCGCACCAGAGACAUUUAUUUGAACAAUGUUUGAAAGCGCACCAGAGACAUUUAUUUGAACAAUGUUUGAAAGCGCACCAGAGACAUUUAUUUUAACAAUGUUUGAAAGCGCACCAGAGACAUUUAUUUGAACAAUGUUUGAAAGCGAAACAGAGACAUUUAUUUGAACAAUGUUU